AUGUCCUCCGCACCCGCGGAGAAGGAGGUGAGGUCCUCAUCGUCCUCCCAAUCUCAGCCUGCGGCCAACGACGCCGUCGACAAUGCCACCAAGGCAACGGGUUCACAGGAUGGGCCCAGCGCGGCGGACGCGCCCGACGCGUCGGAGCCGCCAGCCCACACACCGAUGGAGCUCACCCUGAUCCUGAUCGCCCUGUGCCUCGCCGUCUUCCUGGCUGCCAUCGACUCGGUCAUCAUCACGCCGGCCAUGCCGACGAUCACCAAGGAGCUCAAUGCCUCGGACUCCGGCUUCGCCUGGAUCGGUUCCGCCUACCUCCUCGCCCUCUCGGCCACGUCGCCCUUCUGGAGCAAAGUGAGCGACAUCUUUGGCCGGAAGCCCAUUCUCAUCGUCGCCAACCUCAUUUUCCUCGUCGGCAGCUUGGUUGCUGCCCUCUCCAACAGCCUUGAGAUGCUCAUUGCCGCCCGUGCCAUCCAGGGUACGGGUGGUGGUGGUCUGAUCACCCUCGUUGAGAUUUCCGUGGGUGACAUGUUCAGCCAGCGUGAACGCGGUCUCUUCUACGGUAUCUAUGGCGCUGUGUGGGCCGUUUCCACCGCCAUUGGGCCUGUUAUUGGUGGUGUAUUUACUGAGCGUGCCACUUGGAGAUGGUGCUUCUGGUUCAACUUGCCUUUUGACGGCCUGUCCCUCAUCAUCACCAUCAUCUUCCUGCACAUCCACAACCCCAAGACGCCCCUCGUCAAGGGUCUGAAGGCCAUUGACUGGGUAGGCUCCGUGCUGAUCGUCGGCGCCACUCUCAUGUUCCUCAUCGGCCUCGAAUCCGGCGGCGUCUCCCACCCGUGGGGAUCCGCCUUCGUCAUCUGCCUCAUCGUCUUCGGCGUGGUCGCCUACGUGCUCUUCGCCGUCUACGAGCGGUACGCGCGCUACCCCGUCAUCCCCAAGCGCAUCUUCGCGGGCCUGUCGCGGUCCUGCACCUUCGCCGUCGUCUUCUGCCACGGCGCGGGCUUCAUCGCGCCCAUCUUCUUCCUCCCGCUCUACUUCCAGGCCGCGCUCGGCGCCACGCCCAUCGAGUCCGGCGUGUGGAUGCUGGCCAUCGCCAUCUCCUUCACCCUGUCCGGCAUCAUCAUGGGCAUCGUCAUCCAGCGCACCGGCCACUACCUCUGGAUCAUCCGCGGCAGCAUGGCCCUCUUCACGCUGGCGCUCGGCCUGAUGAUCACCUACGGCCCGACGCGCGACUGGCCGCGCAUCAUCAUCUUCCAGAUCCUCCUCGCGGCCGGCAUCGGCGCCAACAUGCAGACGCUCGUCAUCGCCAUCCAGGCGCUCGUCGCCCCCGAGGACAUCGGCGUGGCCACGGGCACGCUCAACUUUGUGCGCAACCUGGCCACCGCCAUGAGCGUCGUGCUGGGGCAGGUCAUCUUCCAGAGCAUGCUGGGCGGGCACAGCGGCGCGAUGCGCAGCGCGGGGAUCCCCGCCGACGUCGUGAGCCGGCUGGUCAACGGCGGCGCCAUCUCCGGCUUUGGGCUGACCGACGGCUUCACCGAGCCGCAGCGCGCGGCCUACGCCACCGCCUUCUCCGACGCCAUGUCCAAGAUGUGGAUCUUCUACACGGUGCUCAUCUUUGUCGGGUUUGUGCUGUCGUUUGGCAUCCGCAGCAAGGCGCUCAUGACCUCGCACGAGGUCACCAAGACCGGUCUCGACGCCGAGGAGGCCAAGCGCCAGAAGUUUGAGACGCCCAAGGACGGUGCCGAUGCCGUGGCGGUGAAUGGCGAGAAGGCAGAGAAUGCGUGAGGUGGGUAGGGGUAGUAGGAUUAUGGGAUGGGAAAGCGAGUUGAGGGUGUCAUCUGCUCGGAGCUAUGGAGUUGACGAGAAACAAUUUGCAACUAAAGGUUUUCUGUGGUAAAAAUGGAGUAGGA